CGGAACAUUUUCUUAACCAAAUCAUUCAUUCGCCUUGCUAAUUCCAUCAUGGCACACAUUUUGGUCAUCCCUUUCCUCAGCUCCGGUCACAUUAUUCCUCUCUUAAACCUAACCACAAACCUUCUCAACCGCGGUUUAGUAAUCACCGUCGCCAUCACCCCCAAUAACCUCCAUUUACUCGACCCGCUCCUUUCUUCUUACUCAUCAGCUCAGCUCCGCCAUUUGGUCCUCCCUUUACCGGAAAAUAACACUUUCUCCGUAAACUCAUUCAUCGCUAACAUGCGCUGCAUGCAUGAAACUCACUAUCCUAUCCUCCUUGACUGGUUCAACUCUCACGCUUCUCCUCCUCUCGCUAUUUUAUCCGACUUCUUUCUCGGCUGGACUUACCAUCUCGCUUCUCAGCUCCGGUUGCCACGUCUCGUUUUCUCUCCGUCGGGGGCUUUUCCUUACUCUGUUUUCUCUCAUGUAUGGGAUGAGCUGCCGCAAAACGACAGCGCUGGAGAAGAUUUUGUUGUGUCGUUUAGGAAUAUUCCGAGCUCCCCAUCUUAUCCAUGGUGGCAAAUUACUCCUCUUUAUAGAAUCCCGAGAGAUUCUUCCGAAUGGGAGUUUCUGAGAGAUGGAUUCUUGGCUAAUAUGGCUAGUUGGGGAAUUGUGUUCAACUCGUUUACUGAGUUAGAACGAGUUUAUAUUGACCACGUGAAGAAUGAGUUUGGAAAUGAUCACGUGUGGGCUAUUGGUCCAGGCAUACCGCCGUCCGAUGAUGAUUCUGUUAAUUGCGGAGGGACAAGUUCGGCGCCAUGUCAUGAAGUGCUGACUUGGCUUGACUCUUGUGAAGACCACUCCGUGGUCUAUGUUGCCUUUGGUAGCGAGGUCAUGCUGACGUGUGGGCAAAUGGAUGAGUUGGCAGCUGGACUAGAGAAAAGCGGAGUUAAUUUUAUACUCUGUGUACGGCAACAAGGUGAUCACGGUGUUCUGCCUGAAGGAUUUGAAGAUCGUGUGGCUGGUAGAGGUUCAAUCAUAAGGGGAUGGGCCCCGCAGGUGGCUAUAUUAAGACACCAAUCAGUUGGCGCGUUUCUGACACACUGUGGGUGGAAUUCAGUGCUUGAAGCAAUAUCAGCUGGAGUUCCGAUGCUGACGUGGCCAAUGGGUGCUGACCAGUUUACUAAUGCUCAGUUAUUAGUUGAUGAACUGAAGGUGGGGAUUCGAGUUGGCGAAUCGACUCGAAAAAUACCCGAGUCGAAUGAGUUGGCAAAAAUACUGGCCAAAUCUGUAGAGGCUAAUGUGCCGGAGAGAGUGAGAGUCAAGAAAUUGCAAGAAGCUGCAAUGAGUGCAAUUAAGAAAGGAGGCAGUUCAGAUGUGCAUUUGGAUUCGUUAGUUGAGAGGUUAAAUAAGCUCAAACAUGAUCAUGAAGAUAUUAGUGAUGGUGUUAAUUAAGAGUAUGACAAUAAUUAUAAAAAAAAGAGAGAGUAUGAUAUGACAAUGAAAAAUGGAGAACCACAGGACUAUGCCCCCACAGUUGUUUACUGUUAAAAUUAAAUCUUAUAAAGAUCUCAAUAAUGUUUAAUUAAUUAUUCA